AUGAUUUAAUUGCUGGUCUGGUUCUAGAGCAUUCAGGCUUUGGAGACCAAAUGACUGUCCCGCAGGAAGAGUCACGGAGUGGGGAUGUCGGCAUGCCCCAGAGGAGAGCUGUUUCCUCUGCGAUCGCCCUGGCAGCCCUCUGUAGAGGGAGGAAGGCAGACCCUCCAGGGAGGGUCUAGGCUUAUGGGUCCCCCAGGUAUCCCACCCAGCAAGUCCCAACCCAGGCCUGAGGGAAGAAGGAGCGAGAGCACUCCACAGCCAAACCACCCCUACCCCACCACCGGAAAAAACCAACAACCCAAAACCCCAAAGGCAGGAGAAAGCCAAAUGUCUUUACGGGGAAGCAUUUCACAAAUGGGGACUCUUGGGCUGUCCAUCGCCUUGAAUGGGAGCAUUCCCGCUGAGUCACCCGGGAAGCCUCUGGUGUUGAAACUGGUCCGGUGCCUCGUGCUGAUUAAUGAAUUACAAAUCCCCCACCCAUGUGCGCUCUCCUGGCCACUGGGAGGAAGAAUGAAGAACCUUGUGAACUUGAGGGAAAAGCUUUGGGCCAAGCGCUCUCUUCUUUCUCUCGAGCUGGGCAGUGGGCCUGUGGUGCCCUCUUCCUCCCCCCAAGGGGGCAUUGUGAGCCGGUUAGUCACCUGCCCCAGCCCCGGCGCCUUAGUCCCAGCUUUUGGAAAUGGGACAGGCGGCGGGACAAUAGGCAAGGGGGGCGGUCAGCCCAGACAAAGGGCAGCAGGAAAAACACCAUCACUUGCUUCGAGGCCAGCUCGCUGGCAUUUGGGAGAAUGUGUCAUUGCAUUUACUCAGGGGGAGGGGGAAAGGGGGAAGGUUAGUGAUGAGGAGGCAGAGGUAGGGUGAGAGAAGGGACCCUGCACUGGGCAGGGGGCAGGCGCCCCAGGCCGACACCGAGGGAGAAGAAGAGCGGGCGGCUCACUGCCGGAGCCCUCGGAGUUUGCAGACGGACUGAUGCCCUCCCCGCCCCCUCCCCGAGGAGGCUCGGGGUGGUACCGCCGCAGCCUCGCCUCACCUCACCCCCCCUCGGUGUUGUGGGAGGGAGAGGAGCCCCAGAAGCCCUCCCUUCCCUCCUCCCCCCGCCUCCCCCCACCCCGGGGAGGGCCGCUACAAUUUGUGGUUACAGCUUUACACGUCAGAAAAAAAAAAAAAGUUUGCAGAAUGUCCCACACCGAAAAAAAAAAAAGAUCCGAAACCGAGCGAAAAAAACCUGCGAGUGGGCCUGGCGGAUGGGAUUAUUAAAGCUUCGCCGGAGCCGCGGCUCGCCCUCCCACUCCGCCAGCCUCCGGGAGAGGAGCCGCGCCCGCCGGCCCGGCCCCCAGCCCCAUGGACCUCCGAGCAGGGGACUCGUGGGGGAUGCUAGCGUGCCUGUGCACCGUGCUCUGGCACCUCCCUGCAGUGCCAGCCCUCAAUCGCACAGGGGACCCAGGGCCUGGCCCCUCCAUCCAGAAAACCUAUGACCUCACCCGCUACCUGGAGCACCAACUCCGCAGCUUGGCUGGGACCUACCUUAACUACCUGGGCCCCCCUUUCAACGAGCCUGAUUUCAACCCACCUCGUCUGGGGGCAGAGACUCUGCCCAGGGCCACUGUCAACUUGGAAGUGUGGCGAAGCCUCAAUGACAAACUUCGGCUGACCCAGAACUACGAGGCCUACAGCCACCUUCUGUGCUACUUGCGUGGCCUCAACCGCCAGGCCGCCACGGCCGAGCUGCGCCGCAGCCUGGCACACUUCUGCACCAGCCUCCAGGGCCUGCUGGGCAGCAUUGCGGGUGUCAUGGCAGCUCUGGGCUACCCACUGCCGCAGCCUCUGCCUGGGACUGAGCCCACCUGGUCUCCUGACCCUGCCCACAGCGACUUCCUCCAGAAGAUGGACGACUUCUGGCUGCUGAAGGAGCUGCAGACCUGGCUGUGGCGCUCAGCUAAGGACUUCAACCGGCUCAAGAAGAAGAUGCAGCCGCCAGCAGCUGCGGUCACCCUGCACCUGGAGGCCCAUGGCUUCUGAUCUCUGACCUUGACCACCUUCUCUUUCCCCUCCCCGUUCAAGCCCUGCUCCCACUCUGGGAGGGAGAAACCUGUAUGCCAACACUUGUUGAGCCAGGAGACAGAAGCCAUGAGCCUCUGGCCCUUCCAGGACUUGGAGGAGGGUGUGAUGCAAUAAGGCCUGUCCCCUCCCUGCUUCCCAAAGUCCUACAGGUCAGGGGAAGAGGUGCAAUAGGCCCCAUCCCAUUUCCACAGGAAGUAAUGCUCAAGGGAGCCCGAAGUGGUUCAAGUUGGUGCAAAGGCUCUCAUGGCUUCCUGCUUCCUGUCCACCACUUGCCAGUGCCCACCUAGCCCCUCAAGUGGCACUUCUAGGAAGCAAGCAGGGAGGGGGGCCACCACAGCACAUGUCUUUCUGGGGUGAAGCCCUUUGGCUGCCCCACUCUCUGUAGAUGGGUGUUGCUCCCCUACCCCCAAAUAACGCAAUACAUCCAAUUCAGGAAACAAACAUGGUGGCAAGUCCAAACAGGAGGGGAUUGGAUUGAAAAUGGAAGAGGUGGGGUCUGCAUUGGAGGUAAUACUGACAGCAGAGGCGCAGGGACAGACUGGAACCAGGGGUCACCAAGGCAAUCGGCCCAGGGCGGCAACCCAAAGAAGCUUGCCUCGAAUUUAGUGCCGGCAUCAUGGUGCCUCCUCUUUGCCCCCUUCCCAGGGUAUCUGUGGGUUGCCCAGGCUGGGGAGGGCAACCAUAGCCACAGCCACAGGAUUUCCUGAAAGUUUACAUUGCAGUAGCAUUUUGGGGUGCACGGGGCAGCUCCCCCAGGCCCUGCCCCCCAGCCCCACCCACUCAUGACUCUAAGUUUGUUGUAUUAAUAUUUAUUUAUUUGGAGAUGUUAUUUAUUAGAUGAUAUUUAUUGCAGAAUUUCUAUUCUUGUAUUAACAAAUAAAAUGCUUGCCCCAGAACUGCAUCUCUUUGC